ACAGAAUCCAAUUGCAACAUUAUGCUGAAGACAACCCAAUGUCUCAACGGUGGAGUUUGUUAUGAAAACGGACGGGUGACUACGUGUAUGUGUCCAAAGGGUUUUACGGGACCCCGCUGCCAGUACGUGGAGGACAGGUGCCGAGUCAACAACGGAGGCUGCGAGCGCGAGUGCUGCAACAUGUCUGGUGGGCAUUACUGUCGCUGCCCGCCCGGUUAUCAACUCGCACCCGAUCAGCGUCGCUGUCUAGAUAUUAAUGAGUGCACUAACAACCUCGGCGGUUGCAUGUACGGUUGCGAGAAUCUCCCUGGAGGUUUCCGGUGUACCUGUCCUGACGGGAUGGUACUGGCGGAUGAUAAACUCUCUUCGCAGAAUCCUUGCCUCGAGGACAACGGUGGAUGCGAGCAUCACUGCGAAAACGACAACGGUGCCCGAAUUUGUUCCUGUCGUCCAGGCUUCAAGGUUUCACCAUAUGACACUCGUAAAUGUGUCGAUGUAAAUGAAUGCGAAAGAGGAAACGGGGGUUGUCAGCACCGUUGUAUAAACGUGGAGGGAUCUUACAGCUGCGACUGCAAUCCCGGCUGGCAACUCGGAAACGACGGAAGAACAUGUUACAUGACAAACCCCUGUGAAAAUGGAAACGGCGGCUGUACGCAGAAGUGCAUCCGAACGUCGGCUGGCACAGCGGAAUGCGCUUGCAAUCCCGGAUUCGAUCUCCAGGCCGAUGGGCGAACUUGCGAAGACCGUGAUGAAUGCGCAACUGGCGAUGCCAAAUGCCAUGGGGUUGCCUCGAAAUGCAUCAACGAGAUCGGCGGAUAUCGGUGUGCUUGUGAUGAGGGAUAUCGCCUCUCCGGGGAUGGAUUCUCCUGUCAAGAUAUUGAUGAAUGUCUAAACUACAACGGCGGCUGCUCUGGGAAAUGCAUUAACACCCCUGGCAGUUACAAAUGCAUAUGUCAGGUUGGAGAAGAGUUAGCUGAAGAUGGACAGACUUGUGUCCAAAUCUUCCAAACAAUUGCAGAAUUCUGCCCAAUGGGAACCUUCGGGCCGCGUUGUGAAUACGACUGCUCUCGCUGCCAGAACGGUGCCCUGUGCCGGAAUGAUGGUCGGGGGUGCAGCUGUCAACCCGGAUUUACUGGCGAGCUCUGUGAAGAGCCAUGUCCAGCAGGCACCUGGGGUCUGGGCUGCAAGCGCAGUUGCGAGUGUCCCUCUGGCAAUUGUAAUCCAGUAAACGGAGUUUGUCGAUGCCCACCUGGUCGUUACGGAAAGAAGUGUGAAAAAGUCGGUUGUCCACCAGGCUUCUGGGGUUCUGAGUGCGACAAACGAUGCCCCAAAAAAUGUUCCACUGGCUAUUGCCAUUCGAAGACGGGAGCCUGCACUUGCGCGCCGGGCAAGUACGGCGCCUCCUGCCACAUCACCUGUCCUGAAGGCACCUACGGCGAGAUGUGUUCUGAGGCUUGUCCAGCAAUCAACUUCAGGGGCUGUGAUCCAGAGACUGGAGAGUGUUUGUGUAAGCCUGGGUACCAUUCGGUUGGAUGCGUAAAACCUUGUGGAUUCGGGUUCUAUGGUCGUGACUGUCUUGAAAGCUGCAAGCACUGCCCCCGUGGGUGUGAUCCCGAGACUGGCAAAUGUGAAGGCCCCUGUGACCCAGGCAGGUGGGGCGCAAACUGUGAUCAGAUUUGCCCUGAUGGACGAUAUGGAGUAGAUUGUGCAGAAUCUUGUGAUUGCGGCCCUCUGGGCCUCAAAUGCGACCCCGUCGAUGGAAUGUGCCUGAUCUGUCUGCCUAUGGUCUUUUAUCCGCUUUACGGUUCUCUAGUUUGUCCACCGAGUCGCUGGGGCCCAAACUGCGAAAGAACCUGUGAAUGCAAAAAUGGGCUGGAAUGUGAUAAGGAUACCGGAAUCUGCAUCUGUUCACCAGGUUACACUGGGCACAACUGCGACCAGCCGUGUCCAAAAGGAAAGUUUGGGCAGAACUGCGAGUCGACGUGUGCCUGCGUCCACGGGAAAUGCGACCACCGAUCGGGCGCAUGCGAGUGCGACGCCGGUUGGCACAACAUGCACUGCGACCUGCCCUGCCCGCCCGGCUACUACGGUGACGACUGCCAGCACGUCUGCAACUGCCACAAUGGCGCUGAGUGCAGUCAUGUCACUGGAAAGUGUACCUGCGCUCCAGGCUGGUCGGGUUCGGACUGCCGUCUUCCAUGUCCAGAUGGUCAGUAUGGACAAGAUUGUGAAAGGCGGUGUGAUUGCGCCACCGAUGUGGCCGGAAUCGAGUGCGACAAGGUCACUGGAGUGUGUCGGUGUCCCCCCGGUCGCACGGGCGCCCGAUGUGAAGCCUCGUGCCCCCGUGGUCGGUGGGGCGAGAGUUGCAGUCACACCUGCGUGUGUCUUCGUGGCGCCACGUGCUCCCCUGUGGACGGAACCUGUAACUGCCCGGCCGGGUGGUAUGGGGAGAUGUGUGAACAGCCUUGUCCCCCCGGGAGAUGGGGGGAUGGCUGUAUCCACGUCUGCCAAUGCAAAGAUAAUGUCGACUGCGACCGAUUUACUGGACAGUGUCAAUGUCCGGCUGGGUACACGGGGUCUGACUGUCACAAACGCAAAAACGACUUCACCUUUGCAUGUUUUAAAGCGUGCGACCGGGGCCACUACGGGAAGAACUGCACGCAGACAUGUGAAUGUCGGCACCCAGGAGCCCACUGCGACCCGGUCAGUGGACAGUGCUCGUGUCCACCCGGCUGGACGGGAAGUCACUGUGAAAAACCCUGUCCCCAAGGUACCUAUGGACAGAACUGUCGUCAAAGAUGCGACUGCCCGAACCACAGACCGUGCAACCACGAGACCGGUGAGUGCGCAUGUCCCCCCGGACGGACGGGCCCGCAAUGCCGCGUCGCGUGCCCUGCUGGCACGUGGGGUGUGGACUGCAAACGCGUCUGCCGGUGCAAGGACCAACUCGGACCCAAUGCCAUAUGCGACCCCGAAAAUGGCCAGUGCCAAUGUCCCGACGGCUGGAGUGCUGCUGGUGACCGGUGUGUUGCAAGUGAGUUCAAUUGGUCUCUUGCCGAUCCAAAAAUACUUUCUACUGCCAAAAAUUGUGAAAUCACAGGUAUGUCUAAGCUCGAACCUGAGUAUAAAGUCUUAGUUUCCAGAAAUAAACAAAUAUUAUACGUUAAAUUCUGCCACUUUUCUACUGAAGAAGAGGAAACUGUAUCAAGUUUUGCAUAG